AUUGUGCAGGGGUUAAGCUGGACUAAUUGAGCAGGAGAUAGACAGGGGAAGUUUGUGUGUGUGUUCAUAAGAAUAGAUUUGUGGCAAAUUGGAGAUAAUAGGCUGAGGCAGCUCUUUGGGGUCUUCUGGUGCAGUUUUGUGGAAACUGAAGCAGCAGGGAGGAAUACGAGUGACAGGAUCAAGGUGAAGGUCAUUGCUCCAGGCUGGUUGAAACUGAAAGGACAAUAUGGCAGCAAAUGAAGAGGAAAUUGUAAUGACCCCAUCCAAAAAGGGGAAGGCCACCAGAAUAAAGAUAGAGAGAAAGCGGAGGAAAGAGCUGGACCCCACCCAGAUAGCUCAUGAGGCUGGAGGGCAGCAUAAAGGACUCGUGGUGGGAAAGGACAUUGGAGAAGACAAAGAUGACGCAUCCCCGCAGUUACAGCUAGAGUUCAAGUGUUGGUUAGAAGAUGCCAAAUCUGGAAUGCACAUACCAGAAGGCCGCCUGAUCAAGUUCUGGUUCGUAGAUACUGCGUCGUACCUAGAUCGUGUAACCACAGCCUAUGAAUUUUUCAGGGAUUUAGUUCAGCCGCAUGAUUUCCCCAGAGAUUAUGUGGGUUUUAUCAAGAAAUGCAUGAAACUGAUGCAGAACCCCAUGUAUUCACAAGCUAGGAAAGUGGACAUUGAGUUAAAGCCGCUGGACGAGGAAGAGGCACCAAUGUCUCCAGGCGGAGAAUUUCUAGUAGAAGUAGGACAAGGUUUACAGAAAGUUGACAAGAGGUCGGAUGAGGAGAUUGCCAGGGAGAAGGUUCUCACCACACUAGAGACCGCCUAUCCCAAUGUACUGUCUGUGGAUGACAUUGUACAGAUGACUAGUGUGGACACUGGCCUGGUAUCCAUGGUGCUGGACGAGCUGAAGACCAAGAGCCUGAUUGUCCAGAUGGACCAGGGAAGCUGGAUGAGACAGGUGCACAAGGAUGCCAAGACAGAGGUGAAGGUUGUCAAACAAAUGCCCAUAAUUCAGCGGGCCCAGCAGCCUACCAUAGCCAUCAUCACCUCCAACUACUACGAGAAGAUUGCCGUGGACUCCAUGAUGGAGGAGAAGACCACGUUCAUGAGAUAUAAGGGCACUGGAGGUGAAUCCAAUGUAUACACACUAGGCUAUAUAGGGGAACACAGAGUUGUGUCCACCAAACUGCCCAUGAUUGGUCACUCCAGAGCGGCAAAAAUAUCCACUGGUAAUACCACCACCAGGUUGUUAGGUAAGAAUGAAAGUGAACUGGUUUCCUGAGUGGUUUCAGCUCAG